GAAAAAUAGUAAUAGAAUAAAUAGAUUAAACGAUACUGAACAGGUUAAAAGAGUUAACUCUAAAAAUUUACAGAAUCUCAAUGGUCGACCUUGCCCAGUCCAGAGUCAAGAAGAUUUAUUAGAAGUGCAAAAACUUUUUAUCCAGUCUGGUCAAAGACCUUCUGCUUCUUUAAUUAAUAAAGUUCAGCGCGAAGAUAACCUUGAGGUUAAAACAAGAGAGGCAAAGCUUCUUAACACUAAGAGUAUAGACCGGGAAACUCAAAAAUUGAAUCACGAAGUUAGUUAUAUUAAAAAUUUGGAAGGCGUUCAAUCAACUACUGUACUUGGAAGUGUAUAUGAACACAUCUUUGACGAGCGUUUCUUUUCCUUGCCUUCGGAAAAAAUAAACUCGAACGGUGUUUCUUGCUUUAGUAAAAAAAACAUUUAUCCCGACGUCGUGGAUGACGAUGGACCAAAAAGUCUUUUUUUACAAAGGCGUUCUAGUAAAAGAGAUAGUCAACUUACAGUUUACGAGUGUGCUCCAUUUGGCAAUUCCCAAUUUGAAAGGAUGAGUCACGAAGAAAAACUUUUGGCUCGCUCUGAAGUUAUCUCGCAUAUAAAUCCUGAAACUGUAAAGUCGGUGGUUGCUUGCUCUGCCUUUAAUUUUCAAAGACUACGCAAUGCAAUCGGCGCGUGCAAGGAUUAUAUUGCUAACAGGGAAAUUUCAGAGAGGGUUCCCCAGAACGACGAAAAUGCGGUUUUAAGUUUUUCUGCUCCCGAAACGGCCAUGCCAGCUUCUCAAAAGCGACCUAUUCCAACUCUCGACGAAUUGCUGAACGAUCCAUCUCUUAAAGGUAUUCCUGUAGAGCACCAAAAAUUGCAGUGGAUGGUAGCGCCACCCGCUUCAGAUUCGAGGCCUAGAAAAAUAUUUUGGUGCGAGGAUGCUCGUUUCGACUUCAACGGCAACUCUCUUAGUACUACUUUAAAAGUUCCGGCAUCCCUCGGUCUUCACCAUCACAGCAUCGAACCGGAGAGAGCUGGCUAUACUCUACGAGAGUUAACUCAUCUUUGUAAGAGUUCGUCUUCCCCACAGCGACUUUGUGCUGCUGACAUCUUGAAACACAUUCUUUUAUUGGUUAAAUACGGCGCUUUCAAUACAGCUGAGGGCAGCUCCUUUCGUCCUUACGAGCUCGAAGAUUGCCACAUAAAAUCUCAGGGUCAGGAGAUCGUUUAUUACCUUCAAAAGGUUGCGAACUUUUCCUUGCUUUUACGCAUCCUCCUUGAUGAGUGUCAGAAUCAAGCCCUUCUCACUGUUGUGUUGGAAAUCUCCGUGCUCUGGAUUGAAUUAGUGAGCGUCGCCUCUCACACGCCACAAACACUCUCACAAACUGCUUCAGUCUACCGACCGCCUCCUGUUACCUACUACUCUGGCGACUUUAGCUUAUGGGGCGUCUCCCAUUACCGGUCCUACGAAGUUUUUCCCACGGCUUCUCCAGGGCCGGAUACUGUACAGGAAUUGUUUGAGACGGGAGCGCUUGUUCGGCUGAGGUAUCUGCUUGCCACCGCCUGUAGCGAGAAAAACACCGUUUCUGUCUUAAAACUUCUCAUUCUCUUUUCCCGGCACUCCAAAGAGGUGUCUUUGCAGAUUUUCGAAUGCCCCUAUUUGCUGGAAAGUUUAUUUGAAAACCGCUUUGUGGCGUCGGACGACUGCAACGAUGGCCACAUUCUUGCUCUUCGACUUUUUUCCAUAUGGUGCCAGUCCAGUCGCAAACUCGCUAAGAAGCUGCUUUGUUUUCCGGAGGUGUUGAGCUUUGCUACCCGUUUUGCAUUGCGUGGGAACUUGCAUGCCGAGAACGAUGCCUACUUGCGAGCCAGCAUUGAAGGGCUGCAUCUCUUCCGCAUACUGCUUGCAUACGGUUUCCAGCGGGAUCACUUCUUAAGUUGUUCUUCGCUGUUACGUGAACAACUUGAACGCCUUGUCCCUCUGCUCGCCACCACCGCGAUAGCCGCAGAUUUCCUUAUUUUAACAAGAGGCUCUUCUUUGCUGUGUAUACUGGAAUCCUUGCUGCACACUUCGCCGGCUGCUGAUUCUGUUCUGACUGCGGACUUUUUUCCACUGCUUCAAGAAUUGCUUCGUAGUGUAGAAUGGCUCUUUAGUUUACCAGUCGAAGCAGCCGUUUCCUGCGAGUUCAUUGACUUCGUUUCCACUCUCAUAAGAACGUUGACUUGUCUUUCCGUCAGCAACCGUCUAGUAUUAUGCUUUGUAUCUGAACUCUCCUUAUCCGUUCUGGUGAAGAGCACUUUGGUAAACUUGCACUCUACUGUACUAGCAAAGUCGUCCAGAAAGAGCACUAUCGUUCUUUCCGGAGACUUCAGCCAAUGUCCUGACGUCUUUUUGGAGUUGUCUUCGAGAGUGUUCUGUCAGUUCGAAGAGGAAUACAAGUUGUUAAACCAGAACGAAGCCGCCAGUACUUGCCUUAUUAACUUUUUACUAAGUUUUGUUCGUGCCAUGCGCGCUUCUGGCUCCGUCGAACCAGCACACUCCUUAUUUGUUCCCUUUAUGCUGAAGCAUCUUUCUCCGGGCUCCACGCUUCUGCCGCCUGCUCUUAUUUCUGGUCAUCAGCAAUUGACUAGAAUCAGAAAUCUUUUUGACUAUGAACUUCUCUGUCUUAUUCACACUCGCGCGGAGUGGCUUGAAGAGAAAGCACAUCGACGCUGUGUAUAUCGCCACGCUCUUUUUCUGCUAUCGCGGUUGCUUCCCGGGUUCGAGUGGGAAGCCGAGACACUUCUGACCACCAUCGUACUAUCGCCGGAGUAUCUGCUUAGUCUGGCGGAUUCUCCGAAAACCAACGGAGGCUUUUUAGAAGAACUUUCCCUUGAAGAGUUUACUGCCAUUUUUACAGACACUGAAAGGCUUCUUGAAUCCAAAAAUCGAGCUUUACACCGAAGCGAACAACUGACGAGCCUGUAUCUUCCCUCGCUUCCAUUUUCAGCACGAGGUCUACCUCUUCCACUAGAUUGGUUUUUCCGUCCUGUCGUUGAGUUGUACGAGACCUUUUCAGCUUUACAAAGCAGAGGCGAAAAGUUUUACAAAGUUCAUGAGGAACGCGUUGUUGCUCGGCUUAAGAGAGUUCUUACCUUCAUAUACACACUCGAACGCAUAACAAAAGGACUGGAAUCACCCUUUACACCAGGGACAAAGUUAACGAGGCUUAUGACAGUCUUUUUAAUGACGCCGGACAUUUUCCGCGAUGCUUCCAUUUAUAACACGACGAAAGAUCUCUUUGAGUUGUACGUUCACCAGCAAGGCGAAGUUGACUUGGUAUCCGCCCCGGGGGUGCUCUUUUACGAUUUAUACCGGGACUUUGUGCACCAGUAUUCAAGCGCAUCCUACGGAGACCUUCUUUUCCAGAAGUUUCUUCUGCUUGGGCAGCAGCAAAGCCUUAAAUACAAAAAAAUGAGGUCUCUAUUGUGGUCCGAAUGUUAUGAAGUGCUAAACACCAUUUCCUGUUCAAUCGAGGAGUGGCCUCUUCCUAUAGACGAAUAUUACUUAUAUCCUUUGGAGCUCGACCACCAGCAAGUUUACUUGUACUACUGCGCAUUGAGUGGUGGGCUUGUGGAUAAGCGCAAGGCGCCUAUUCUCUACUGGAUAGCGGUGCACCACGUGUCCAACUUCAUAUUUGAAUACGAUGUAUGUCUUACCGCACAAACGCUUGAUGAAGAGGAGCGCAGGAAGCGCGUAGAGCUGCACAGGGUCACGGCCGCAAAAAUUAUAAUGUUAUUGAUUAAGAGGCCUAAGGGCCAGGCCAAUCAGAGCCUCGCUAACGACGUUUUUUCAUAUAUAUACGCUAAGGGAAGAUUUCCCCCCCCUCCGCUGCUGCCUGUACUUCCGCAAAGACGGAAAAUUAUCCACUAUUUUAUGGAACAAAGCGAGCAAUAGAAUGAAAAUAUGUUCACUUUUAUUGUGACGCUCUUCUUUACUUUUUGAAGGUCGCAUUCAGUAGAUUAAGUGCUGCAUAUCGUCUUUGAUGGUUUUAAAAAUCUUCUUAAAUUCAAAACCGUCGCCCUUUGGUGAAAUGCAAAUAUCAGCAACAAUAAAGUGAUUUUAAAGAAAGAUUAAAACUUUAAGGCGUUUAAAGUGGAUGACGUGG